AUGGAGGUCGCCGGCCUUGCAGUUGGUAUCGUCUCUCUGUACAAUGCCACAAUCGACAUCAUAGACCGAGUCGACAGUUACAAAGACUUUGCGACAGGGUCACAGACAACAAUAGCUCGCUUCAAUGCUUCGAAGCUCAAGUUACAGAAUUGGGCGAACUCGCUUGGUAUACAUGAUGGUGGCCUUGCGGAUCCUCACGACACUCGCCUGGACGAUCCGCAAACGGCUCUGGUCAUAACAAACGUCUUGCGUAGCCUAGAGAAAGCCUUUGAUAAAGUGGAGUAUAGAAGCACGUCACUCAAAUUGCCUGUGAGGCAACGCUCAGCUCGCAACGAUGAUUGGGUCAUCAAUCUUGGUAAAAUUAGAAACGAAGUUGAGCCCAGUCGAACGAGCUCGAAAAGCAGUCGACUAGCGUGGGCUACUGGUGGGAAACUGAAGCUGAGUGACGACGUAAACACCUUCGAAGCGCUGGUGGAUGUACUCUAUGGCAUAGUGACCCCGCGAGAGGGUACGGCCGAAGCUUUGAAAGAUUUGUCACAUACUAUAUCGAGCAGUCUUGGAGAAUUGUUGGAAGCUGCUAAUACGAUUAAGCAUAACAGUGUCGAAAUCUGGCUUGAUGCUCCCAAGGACGAUGAUGAAUACGAAAAGAAUGUCUCUUUACGCCUGGAUGGGACUUGUAGCUGGAUUCGAAAUACCUCAGUCUUCGCGAAAUGGAUUUCCGAAGACUUCUCCAGCACUGGUGCAAAAUUCUUAUGGGUUUGUGGACCUGCUGGUUUUGGCAAGACCAUCAUCUCUGCAUAUUUGAUUGAGUACUUCCGAACAAACCUGAAGAGCCCUCUCGGCUACUGCUUUGCUCCAAACCAUAAGAAUAGAGCAGACCAUCUCAUCAGCACUGUACGAACAUGGAUCACCCAAAUAAGCCGGGCGGGGGGUGAUGUUCUCAAUUUGGUCGAUCAAUUGCGCCAGGAGCAAAAUGAUCGAAGAGCAUCAAGUGAAAAUAUUUGGACUCUGCUCAAACAAAUAUCAAAACAGACGCACGAACCGUGUACAUUCGUCCUGGACGGACUUGAUGAAUUCGAUAACAUCAAUGAUGAAAGACCGCGCUUUCUAGCUAAGCUGAAAGAUGCUGUUACCUCUACUCAAGUUAGAGUCCUGAUAACUAGCCGUGUCACCGUUGAUAUUGAAACAGAGCUGAGCUCGAGUGCGUCGCCAGGGUGCCAAAUUUUGGAGUGGAGAGUCGAUGAGGAAGACGUGCGAAGCGACGUCUCUCUAUUCGCGCAAGCUGUAGUGGCUGAAAAGUUGCCUCGACAGGAUCCUACAUUUCGCGAAACACUUGCUCUACAAAUUUCUGACAGAUGUGAGGGCAUGUUUCUAUGGAUCAAGCUGCAACAAGACCGAAUACGUGGCGGCAAAAGCAGAAAGGCCCUUCAUGAUAUUGUGCAAGCUAUGCCUCAAGGGCUCUAUCGUGUCUACGAUCGUAAUUGGGAGUAUAUUCAGGAUCUUGAAGAACGAGAUCGUGCAAUUGAUAUCCUUCGAUGGUUGACAUUUGCCCGCAGACCACUGACAGUUGAGGAGAUAGCUGAAGCCCUUGUGGUGCAACUUGAUGACAAAAAGGAGGCCUUCUGUAAAGAUGAUUUACCCGACGCUUUUGAUGACGAUUUCAUAAACGGCGAGAUCAAAGGUCUUUGUGGAUCUCUUGUCGAGCUUAGACGUGAAAAUUCAGACUCGUCCUCGGCCAAUAAAACGCUACACUUAGUGCAUGCCUCAGUAAAAGACUAUCUUAUGGAAAGAUUACCUAUGCCCUACCUUGGCAUUUCAUCCCUCGGUAGGUUAUCAACAGACGCUGCUCAGCAUCUCAAACUAGCUGCCCACUGUAUCCGCUUCUUGAAUUGUGAAGCAGCCUGGGCUUCUGGCAACGCUACUGACGGUCCAUCGUUCACGGCCUACGCCACACGUUAUUGGUUCGUGCAUCUACAGCUCAUUAAAACCUCGUAUGAUGCCAUAAGUGGUCUGGUACAUGACUUUAUGAACCCAUACAACGACCAUUUCGAGAGGUGGAAGCAAGCCUUUGAGGUCGAAGAGCCUGCAAAAUGCGAUGGUGCUAUCGGCGGGACUGAUACUUCUUCGAUGCACUAUGCCUGCUGGUUUGGACUAGUCCCCACAAUCGAGUAUCUGUACGAAAAUGAGAACACCAAUAUAGAUACCUUGAGUGUUCAAUACGGGACCCCUUUACAGAUAGUCUGCCGUCGCGGCUAUAGAGAGGCUUUUAAACGUCUCAUGAAGUGGAAAGCUGAUAUGAGUGUCGAAGGAGGUCCUUACCAUAGCGUCUUGGAUGCUGCUGCUCGGGGCGGUCAGAGCACGAUCGUCAAGACACUCCUUAAACGCGGCAGAGAGAGAAAAUUUUCGGAUAGUGAAAUACAGACAGCAAUAGAGGCGGCCGCACGUCGAGGUCAUGGGAAAAUUUUGCUUCUGCUUCUUGAUCAAGUCACAAGAGCCCCGCUCAAAGUAUCUGAAAGUCCCGAAGAGCAAGCAAAAACAUCUGUUUCUCUCGCUGCUGCCCUUCGUUUGGCUGCUGAGAAAGGUUAUGUGAACACGGUAAGGUUGCUUUUGGACCACAGCGCAGAUCCAAAUGUUGUCGAUGAGAAGAACGUUUGUGCAAUGAGCUUAGCGGCAAGAGAAAACCACCUUGGGGUUGUAAAGCUGUUACUUCAGGAAGGGGCAAAUAUCAAUCUUUCAACAUCGCUUGGCACACCACUUCACUUUGCUACAUAUAAUGGUCACCUGGACUUAGCAGUUGAGCUUAUCUCCAAUGGAGCCGAUGUGGAGGCCCUGGACGAUGAUUCCAUGACCGCACUACACGAAGCGGCUAGGCAAGGCCGCAAAGACGUUGUAGAGAUAUUAAUGGAACAUGGUGCAAAUGUCAACACGGGAGAUAGCAACGGUGGCACGCCUCUUUCCUAUGCAGUACGCAAGGGUCACAGAGACGUUGUAGAGAUAUUAAUGGAACACGGUGCAAACGUCAACACGGGAGAUAGCGACGGUGACACGCCUCUUUUCCAUGCAGUACACAAUGGUCACACAGACGUCGUGAGUCAAUUGCUACAAGGUGGGGCAGAUGUGAACACGCAGGAUGACGAAGGAUUGACGGCGUUAUGGUACGCACUUUGGAUGAAUAAUAAACAGCGCCGUCUCGAGGUAGCGAGAUUACUCAUUGAAAAAGGAGCCAAAUUCCAUGCAAAUGUCGACGGAGUAACACUGCUCAUGAUGGCGGCCAGGAAGGGCUUUGACGAUAUAGUUAGUCUAUUUCUUGACCACGGAGCCGAUAUCAAUGCCACGGGAAUACAUGGCAUAAGCGCGCUCCAUGCAGCAGCCUACAAGGGUGAACUGGCCAUCAUUUCAAUUCUCGUCUCCAAAGGCUGCAAUCUUAAUAUGAAAUCAAUCUUUGGAGAGACCCCACUGAACAUAGCAAUUAGGCGGGCGUCAAACGAAAUUACGGAGUAUCUAGUCAAAGCAGGUGCGAGCUUGUUUGUUGUUGAUAUGUACGGAAUGAGCUGCCUAGAUUGGCUGCGAAGACUGCGGCCGAACCUCGAAAUAGCCCAACAAAGCACGCAAGAGUCUAACAGCACACCAAUUGGCCCGGAUAUUACCCUCAUAUGCCGCAGCAUAGGUGGUCUCAUUUCAGCAAUCAGAGAACAUGACAGGCUAGCAAACGCACGAUUAUACAAUUUGGCUCGUUGUUUCUUGAUUCUCGACAUGGAAGAUCGUGCUAGACUUGUCUACCAGCAGGCAGCUUUGACUGGGUUACCUCUUUGUGAAUGCUGCGAGGAAGACUUGAGCGAGGUUGAUUGGUUCAAUGUGUGCAAAGUGUGUCCCCUGUGCAAUCUUUGCUGUAAAUGCGUCGAGGAAGAUCGCAAGCCUCCCUUUGUGAAUCUCUGCCGUGAUCAUUCAUUCAUGAAGGUUGUGCCUUCUGAGGCAAAGCUCCGCCCUGAUCAGACCGAGGCCCUUGACCAAUGGCUAGAUGAUUUACUGGAGGAAUUUAAAGAAUCUGAUACUUGGCAAAUCGCGAAUUCAAGGUCAAAAAUCGUUGACUUUCGACCAACACUACGUGAUUAA